AGAUUCUAGUAUUCUCUCUGAAAGAUGUGGGCGAGCGCGGAGGGUGGUGCUCCGGAGGUAACCCUCGAGACCUCCAUGGGCUCGUUCUCUGUUGAGCUAUAUUACAAGCAUGCACCCAGAACCUGUAGGAACUUCAUUGAGCUCUCCCGCAGGGGUUACUAUGACAAUGUCAAAUUCCACAGAAUUAUCAAGGAUUUUAUAGUUCAAGGUGGGGAUCCAACAGGAACUGGAAGAGGGGGAGAAUCUAUAUAUGGUCCCAAGUUUGAGGAUGAGAUAAAGUCAGAGUUAAAGCACACUGGAGCUGGUAUUUUGUCUAUGGCUAAUGCUGGACCAAAUACAAAUGGAAGUCAGUUCUUCAUAACUUUGGCACCAGCUCCCUCUCUGGAUGGGAAGCACACAAUAUUUGGAAGAGUUUGCAGGGGUAUGGAAAUUAUAAAGAGGCUUGGUAGUGUCCAAACUGAUAAUAAUGACAGGCCUAUUCAUGACGUGAAGAUAUUACGGACUUCUGUCAAAGACUAGUGGCCGAAGAAGUUUCUAAUGUUAGAUCCAUGCGUUCCCUUCCCAAUAUGGAUGAGCUAGCCUUUGGUAAUUGAUUCUCUUGGGCAGACUGGGCCAUUUAGAAAUGUUGUACAUUGUUUCUAAAUUUACAUGGUGUUAAACAGACCUAUUCUCUUUGAGCUUCUGUCCGUUCUGUGAUUCUUCCUUUUAUGGUAGUGGUUGUCAGAAGUAUUCUUGCAUG